UGACCGGGUUGUAAUAUUUCUCCCCGUUGUCGAGAUGGAAGAGAGACAUUCAACAUAUCAUCGUUUCUUGCUGACGAUGCUCAUUUUCAUGCUUCCCCCCCACCUUCGACUAUUAUAGUGUGUCGUUGUCCAGGUAAACAGUUGACAAGAUGACGCCAGAACAAAGCUUAUAUAGAAGUCUGAACAAAUGGCUAUUACAAGCGAUGCGAAACCGAAACUGGUUAGAGAAAUGUCACGAACGAAGGUCUAUCGGCGAUAGGAAUUCAUUACUGGACCAAUUAGUAUACGAUCAGAACUUCGAUUCGUCCGAAAAGCGGAUACUCGAAAGUCAAUUAGCAGGUCUAUUUGCACAACUACUCGCCGUUGCGGAUCAUCUUAGCACUAUGCACUAUCAUUCUGAUGCGGUGCUAGGAGGUUCUACACAGGACAGUAUUUACUGCCUUGAAGCACACUUGGGUGGCGUGGUCCGACCACAGGUACGGACUUCUCUCGGUUGGGUGUGCCCUGAAGCAAAAGAAGGCUUAGCUGGGUGGCGUUCUGACGAGGUCCUGGUUCGGAAGUAAGUAUUACAAUUUACAGGUAAGUUCCGGGUAAUUUAUGAGUUUUCCCCUGAUUUGUUGUUGUCCAGGAUCUACCUGAGAUCUACUUUUAGUGAGGAGGAACGAAUACUGGCCCCUCACCGUGAAAGUUGAAAUAAUAAGAGAGAGAGAGACGCGGUGUGUCCAACGGGGGCCUCCGAUCCAACAAAGGGAAUGUUUAGCCG